AGUUAUUUCCACCCUUUUUUUUCUUAUCGUUCUUCGCCAUCCUCCCUCCUAUCAGAAAAUUUGAGGAGAGAGAAUUUCCGACUUCGCAUGGCUGUUUACACAAAUUCAAUUCGAGAUUAAUUAAAGCAGAACGAAGCUCAAGAUUUCUAUCUGUAAUUCGCUCGUCGAUCUGUGUGUUAGGGUUUCCAAUUCGCCUAAAAUUCUUAAUUGUUUGUUGUUUCAAAUUUUCAAUUUCAUGGAUUUAGGGUUUUGCUUUUGUAUUAGAUUUUCGCUGAUUUUUAGCUCAAUUCAUGCUUCGAUUUUGUUGUAGUAGUAGUAGUUUGUUUGGUUAUUCGAUUGAUUGUAUCUUGUAUCCCUAUACUACACAUUAACAGAUUUUCGCUCUUUCUUCUUCUUUAUUUCGUAGUUUUUUUCCCCUUUAACUACUUUUAUUCAAUUAUUUGAGUUGUUGAUUAAAUUUAUAUUCAAAGGAUUAUAUUCUGAAAAAUAAAGGAAAAAAAAGGAAGAAACGAAAAAACAAAGUGGAUUAUGAAAUGAAUAGAAAAGAGUGAACAUUUAUUUUCGAUUAGUAAUAAAAUUAUAGCUGAGGAGAAAAGAAAGAGAAUUUUGUUGAGAGAACAAUAGUAAAAUUAUACUGUAGUUUGAGCUAUCAAAAUGGCUGGUUCUGGAGCCAACUUUCGAUAUCAUGGGCAACGAUUAGGCAUAACUGAGCCGAUCUCAUGCGGUGGACCCACGGAGUAUGAUGUAACUAAAAGCCAUGAACUUGAAAAGUAUUUGGAAGAUGUUGGUUUGUAUGAGAGUCAGGGGGAAGCUGUCAGUAGGGAGGAAGUGCUAGGGAGACUAGACCAGAUUGUGAAGCUCUGGGUGAAAACAAUUAGCCGAGCCAAGGGGUUGAAUGAGCAAUUAGUGCAAGAUGCAAAUGCAAAAAUCUUCACUUUUGGAUCGUACCGCCUUGGGGUGCAUGGUCCUGGAGCUGAUAUAGAUACGCUAUGCGUUGGGCCUAGACAUGCUACACGAGAGGAAGAUUUCUUUGGAGAACUUCACAGGAUGCUGUCUGAGAUGCCAGAAGUUACAGAGUUGCAUCCUGUGCCUGAUGCUUAUGUCCCUGUGAUGAAAUUCAAGUUUAGUGGGGUGUCCAUAGAUCUUCUUUAUGCAAAAUCAUCACUUUGGGUGAUUCCUGAAGAUUUGGAUAUCUCCCAAGAUUCAAUUUUGCAAAAUGCAGAUGAACAGACUGUUCGCAGUCUUAAUGGUUGUAGAGUUACAGAUCAAAUUUUGCGCUUGGUGCCAAAUAUACAGCAUUUCCGGACAACUCUUAGAUGCAUGAAAUUUUGGGCAAAACGCCGUGGUGUGUAUUCAAAUGUUGCUGGGUUUCUUGGUGGUAUUAAUUGGGCAAUACUAGUUGCUCGCAUUUGUCAGUUGUAUCCAAACUCACUGCCCAAUAUGUUAGUAUCUCGCUUCUUUAGGGUUUAUACUCAAUGGAGGUGGCCCAAUCCUGUCAUGCUCUGUGAAAUUGAAGAGGGAUCUUUUGGUCUGCAAGUUUGGGAUCCGAGGAAGAAUCCGAAGGAUAGAUAUCACCUGAUGCCUAUAAUAACUCCUGCAUAUCCAAGUAUGAACUCUAGUUAUAAUGUCUCAUCCAGUACUCUGCGGAUUAUGACAGAAGAGUUCCAGAGGGGACAUGACCUCUGUGAGGCUAUGGAAUCUAACAAGGCUGAAUGGGAUACUCUUUUUGAGCCCUAUCCUUUCUUCGAAGCAUAUAGAAACUAUCUGCAGAUAGACAUCAACGCUGAAAAUGCUGAUGACUAUCGUAAAUGGAAGGGUUGGGUGGAGUCCCGUCUCCGUACACUUACAUUAAAGAUUGAGAGGCACACAUAUAAUAUGCUUCAGUGCCAUCCUCACCCAGGAGAAUUCACAGAUAACUGCAAACCAUUUCACAGCUGUUAUUUCAUGGGUUUGCAACGUAAAAAGGAAGUCCCAGCUGGUGAAGGCGAACAGUUUGAUAUAAGGAUGACUGUUGAUGAAUUUAAGCAAACUGUUAAUAUGUAUACUUUAUGGAAACCUGGAAUGGAGAUCCGCGUAAGCCAUGUUAAACGGAAAAGUAUACCGUCUUUUGUAUUUCCUGGGGGUAUUAGACCUUCCCGUCCUACUAAAUCAUCUGGUGGAAGUAAGCGAUCUUCUGAGAUAAAGUCUGAUGUAGAUAAGCUAGAUGAUGGGCGGAAGAGGAAAAAGGAAAACGAUAUGAUGACUAGUGCGGCAAUUCCCAGGAACUCAGCUUCCUUGCCUUCUUCAAGUGGGGGAGGCCACACAGGUAGUCCUAUCAGCACGGCAACUUCUUCAGUAAAGGUAGAACAUCUAGAAUUGGAUGGGUAUAGUGAGCGAAAGGCUGAGAUUGUUGAUACAGAAAUGUUAUGUACUAGAAAUAAUGGUGAACUCAAUGGAACUGAGCACCAAAGUAUUCCUCUCAGGAAUUCAUCAGCUCCUGCUGUUUUAUCUGAUUCCAAGGAGACAGAGAAGUUGGCAAUUGAGAAAAUGAUGUUAGGUCCAUAUGGUUCGCACCAAGUUUUACCUGAGCUUGAUGAGCUAGAGAAUGACCCGGAAAAUGGAAAUCAAGUUGAACAUUCCGGAGGAGCUGUCAAGCUGUUGGAGGAGCCUUCUCCUAUGAAGGCAUCACCAGAAAUUGGAAAUCUUGGUACAACUGCAGCCCACUUCAGUUCAUUUUCUAAUGGGAGUUUGGAGGAGCUUGAGCCUGCUGAACUAACAAUGCCAGCACCUGUUCAAAUAAUUCCGGCUCCUGUACAAAAUAAGCCGCUUAUUAGGCUCAGCUUUACAUCCUUGGGUAAAGCUACAAGCCACAGCUCGUGAAGGAGCGAGCAACCUUUGGAUAAGCUUAAGCGAGCUAGAUUGCUUAGCGGUCCAAAUUUUGGAAAGGCUCCCUAUAAAAUCCCUUCUGUUUGAAGGAUCUUUGUAUAAAAUGUCAAUAAAUUUCUAAAUUGAUCAAAUGUGCCUUGUUAUCCAUGAGAUUUGUAGGAGGAAGUGAAUUGGCGCAUUGUACUGUGCGCUACCAACAUUUGUGAGGACAGUCUAUUAAGGAUUAAGAGGCACUUUUUUAA